CCUCUCUCGACGUUCCGGAAAGAAGUUGGAUGGUGCCCUAGCCAUGCCGCAAAUCCGGUGCGCGAACUCGCCGUUGAAGCAUAUCUCCUCCUGCUUCCGGCGCCUUCCUGGCAAGGGAAAGCGCCUCUCUCGUGCGGACUCAGAAAACUUUCUAGAAGCGGACCAGGAGGAAGUGCGCAUCGGGGACGGGAUAUUAAAGUUCACUCCGGACCAGCUGAAGGAGUUCACCGGUGGAUUCAGUGAUGAGAAUUACUUGGAUGGAACGUCGACCCGAUCGGGCUUCUUGAAUCGAGUCUAUCGUGGGAAGGUGAUCAUUGACGAGGAAUCGAACUGGGUCCGGAAUGUUAUCGUGGAGGUGAAAGAGCCCAGCUUUCAUCUCGAGUAUGAUGUUUGGGAGACGCAAAUCAGGCUGUUCACCGAUCCGGUCAUAGGCGGCCACCCGAAUGUGGCAAAACUCUAUGGUUAUUGUAAUGAUGGCAUGUUGGGACUGGUUUAUGAUUGUGAUGCUCUGCAAACCAUGCACAACAUGGUUCCUGAUGAAAGCUUCACAUGGGCCAUGAGGAUGAAGGUCGCUUUUGGGCUUGCUCAUCUCCUUGAGUUCCUAGAGUCUCAAACACCUCCUCUUCGGAUCCUUAAUCUCGAGGCUCAUAGCAUACUAAUUGACAAGCACUACAAUCCCUUAGUAUUUGGUUUUGGUGUCGCAUUUGGUGGAAUUUUGCGCAGGCCUGCACCAUUUCAUCUUUUACAACAUUAUAUCUGUUGGCUAUAUUCGGAUUUCAAUCUUGCUCUGGGCAUUGUGCCUCCUUCGAUUGAUGUAUAUGGUUUUGGUGCGUCACUGUUAACAUUAAUUACAAAGAGGCAUGACAUACUCUGGUGCACUUACCAUGGACGUGUUCCAUCCCAUAUUCCAAUGACUGGAUUGCUCAAGGUCUCUCCUAAUGAUGUUUGCCUGCAUGACUUUACGGAGUCGAUUGUCCAGAGGAGUUUCCUUGGAGAAGAUGAAUACCUCUCCCAGGAUGGUUCUGAUGUUACACAACUGACCAUGGAAUGUGUGAAGGUAUUCGAUGAAAUAGGUUUGACUGCUCCGCGCCCUGAAAUAUCUGAUGUUGUUAACCGUCUGAAGCGCUUAGCUGUAGUCUGCAAACUCGGGUUGCAACGUGACAACUCUCUUUCAUGUUGAUGGUUUCAAUUGGUAGCUUGGUAGCCACUUAUCAAUGUGUUACAUGCUGUUUUCGGUGAUACUCAGUUUUAAGCAGCAGCUUUUGUUGAUAUCUUUUCAUGACCAUAUGUUGAAGUUAGUCGAAUUUCAUGGAAGUAACUUUUUUGUUGAUAUCUAGAUGACAUAUAGUUGUAAUGACUUUUGCGAAGUGGAAAUUGGUUUGACAAGUUUAUAAUGUGAAAUCUUGCACUUACGGAUAUCAGCUUUU